AUGACCUGGGUCCACGACUUCAACCUGCGCGUUGCGCAGAGUCCUCCCAAGGAGCGCAAGAACUCGUACUUCUUCACCGAGAUCCGCGCCGGCCUAGCCACCUUCUUCGCCAUGGCCUACAUCAUCUCCGUCAACUCGACCAUUAUCUCUGAGACGGGCGGCACCUGCGAAUGUCCUGCUGAGAGCAUGGCCGAUUUGUGCGAAACCAACACCGAAUACUUGCUGUGUGUGCAGGAGGUCAAGCGCGAUUUGGUCACGGCCACUGCGGCAAUCUCGGCCCUGUGCAGCUUCUGCAUGGGCCUCUUCGCCAACAUGCCAAUCGCAUUGGCUCCCGGCAUGGGUCUCAAUGCCUAUUUCGCCUACACCGUCGUCGGUUACCAUGGAUCCGGUCCUGUCCCCUACCGCGUUGCUCUCACUGCCGUCUUCGUCGAAGGUUUCGUCUUCGUCGCCCUCACCAUCUUCGGUCUCCGCCAAUGGCUCGCCCGUGCCAUUCCCGCCUCGAUCAAGCUCGCCACCGGUGUCGGAAUUGGUUUAUACUUGACUUUGAUUGGUCUGACGUACUCUGCUGGCAUUGGCGCAGUUGUUGGCGCAACUUCUACGCCCCUGGAGCUUGCGGGCUGCGCCUCCGAAUUCCAGGACCCGACGACCGGACUUUGCCCCAGUUCGGAAAAGAUGCGCAACCCUGCUAUGUGGAUCGGCAUUUUCCUUAGCGGCUUCAUGACCGUCCUGCUGAUGAUGUACCGCGUCAAGGGCGCCAUCAUCAUGGGCAUCCUGCUCGUUUCCAUCAUCAGCUGGCCCAGGCCGACUCCGGUUACCUAUUUCCCUUACACGGCGACGGGCAACAGCUCCUUUGAUUUCUUCAAGAAGGUCGUCACCUUCCACCCCAUCAAGCGCGUUCUUGAUGUGCAGGAGUGGGAUGUCUCUCAGUACGGCGGCCAAUUCGGCCUUGCCUUCAUUACUUUCCUGUACGUCGACAUCCUCGACUGCACCGGUACCAUGUACUCGAUGGCUCGUUUCUGCGGCGCCAUCGACGAGAGGACUCAGGACUUCGAGGGUAGCGCCAUUGCCUAUUUGAUCGACGCUUUCGGUGUAUCGAUUGGUGCCCUUUUCGGCACUUCGCCCGUCACGGCUUAUAUCGAAUCCGGUGCUGGUAUCUCUGAAGGCGGUGCCACGGGCCUCACGGCCAUGGUCACUGGCCUCUGCUUUUUCAUUUCCAUCUUCUUCGCCCCGAUUUUCGCGUCGAUCCCUCCCUGGGCGACUGGGUGCACGUUGAUCAUCGUCGGUUCGCUCAUGGCCAAGGCCGCCAAGGACAUCAACUGGGGCUACCUCGGCGACGCUGUCCCCGCCUUCCUGACCAUCGCCAUUAUGCCUUUCACCUACUCGAUUGCCGAUGGUCUGAUUGCCGGCAUCUGCUCCUACAUCCUCAUCAACACGCUCGUCUGGCUCAUCGGAUUGGCUUCGGGCGGCCGCCUGCAGCCCGCCGACAAGAACCUCAAGGACCCCUGGACCUACAAGAUCGAGGGUGGCAUCUUCCCUCCGUGGCUCGUCCGCGCCGCCAAGGGCAAGAAGGACUUUUGGCGCCGGGACGAGAGCGAAGGCGUCGUCGACGGCACCCAACGGUCCUCGAGUUCCCUGGAGGCUGGACCCACCGAGAAGGUGUCUGAAACGGAGCAGCCGAAGGCGUGA